AUUACAACUGUUCGCAUCUCGUCGAGCAGCCCCUUGAAUACAGAAGAAGGAUCCGAGCUGCAAUUAGUCUUCUCACGGCCACCGCGGCGCAAUUCCACUCCCUCUGACGAUCUCAAGUUCCCUCCUGUGCGAGUUGACUGUUCGCUGACCAAACUCGACCUGGAGACACUCAUGAUGCGAUCCACGCAGCGCCACCACCCAGACGAGGCGGGCAGCUCCCUCGACGACAGUAGUUAUGACCUGCUUGGGGACGGCAUCAUGGACGUGUCCGAUGACGAGGCCCACACGGCAUCCAUCGCCUCCACCGACGUUCCGACGCCCGACGACACGUCCGACGACUUUAGUGACGACGAGGCCGAGUACGAGAUGGGCGGCCGAGGCUUACAUGACAGCGUUUACUCGUCACAAGCCGAAGCCCCAGAGCACCAGGCCGACGUACACCCCGCCACAGCAUGGGACGACUCUACACUUACCGAAGUGCCCUCAUACCUGUCUGGGAGCGAGAGUUCCUGGCGCAUCAUGCUGAACGAGCACCCAAUGCACAAUGAAGACGUUAUUCAGGGAAGUAAUGUUAUCCAGAGCUCGACGGACUACACAGAUGAGCUGCCGGAAGUAUUCAGUCGCUAUGGCUGUGGCGAGGUGAGGCUGUCCGUCAAGGCAGCCUUGGCAAAAUACCCCCUCGCUACACCUGACUCCUAUAAGAUAUUAUACAUUGGGAUGCCUGAGAAAUGGGCAGAAGAUAUCACUACUGCGCAGAUCGCUACGGCACUGGGUGCCCACCCUAGCGUCUCCAAGUCGGUCAUGGUACGCGGACAAAUCGAGCCGUACGUCCCUGUUCCGCAAGUCUCUCGCUGCAUCAAUCUUGAAGUUCUCACCUCACACGGGAGGCCCACGCAUGUCAUGGUAGAAUUAGAAGAUGGAACACAUAUCAAAUUCGGGCACGGCAUGUCCACUCAUUCCCCGGACCGACCAGACCUUGUGGUUAUAUGCCACCGAACGCAACCGGAAGUGGCUGCUGAAGACGAAGAAGCCAUUGAAGUUGCAAGAAAGUUCUUUGGCUAUGUCAAGAUUCCAUGCAUCGACCUUGCCCAGGUCAUCCCCCAUGGUGCUACGUCUCUCGAAGAGGAUGCGGCAGCCUUGCAAAUACAUGUCGAGGGCCGCGACCACCCAAACGCUGACUACGAGCUGAAAGCAAUAUUGCCUCUAAAUCACCGUGGCUUUAGCAGACUCGAUCCGUCUCAGCUCAAUCGCCACCUUGCUCACAUCAGCCCUCACCUCAUGACAGCACAAGGCAUGAAGAAAGGCCAGAAAGCACAGGCGUCAUGGAUUCGUCGAAAGAUUAAGACGUUUAUGAAGACCACUGGAAUUCAGUGGUCGGUGGCAAGAAUGCUACUAUCUCUGAUGGUCCUAUGUGCACUGAUACCUGCUCUACUCCAGGCCGUAGCUUUUGCUCCCAUGCUAUUCCAGAAGACUUCACAAAGCAUAUCCGCACUAUCAGUACUCUCUGAGACAACGGGAAUUGCUUCCAGCAUCGCCCCGAUGGCAUCCAUGUCUUCACAAAUAGCUUCGGCUAUCUCGACUGCAUCCAUCCCACCGGCGAUGCGAGGUCUGACGGUCAUACCACCCCACACGCAGCCUGAUCAAAAGUCAAAGGCGAAAGAUGCAGGCAUGGGCGGCUUCGAGCUCCAGACUACCGGGGACCAUCAAUUCACACUCCGUCCCUCGAAAGCUUUUGGUACUAGUCGCAAGAGACCACAGCUCCAAAUUCAGAUUGCUCGCCAGUCGCAACCAGUGCCUAUCCGGUACAACCGCACCGUGACAGGCGAGUACAUUGUCGACCUUGAACACAAGUAUCCAUUCGGCACGUUCAACGUUAGCAUCGCAACUCACUCGAAGCCGCUUCUACGACAGUCUUUCGAAGUCAUGCUGGGUCACAACAAGUCAAUGCUGGACCAGUUCAUUGAGAAUGCCAAGUUGGGUCUUUCUAGUACCCAGGACACUCUACGGAACGUCUCCGUCAUGGCGGCACAGCAUAUGCAGACAUACAUGGCUGUGCAGGAUAUCGACAUGACAGCUGCGUCUGAGCAUAUCCAACGUAUGCGGCAAAAGGUUCAGGAGCAGUUGCAGACAAAGGGUGAUCUAGCACGACAGAUGCCCGAAGCGGCAUGGGCGAGUUUACGGGAAGUGACAGCACCAGUACGCACGUCAUCGGCAAUGAAGAAGGCCAGGAUGAAUGCCCUUCGCCUUCGAUGCAGGAUAGAAAUGGCUGCAGGGUUGUCUCCAAAAGACAGCAGCGAGAAGCAGAGCUGGGCAUGCGCCAAGGUGCGUGGAGAGACGUAAGUGGAGAUUGAGGAUUGGGGAUUGGGGAUUUGGAGAUGGGACACUGGGAGGACAGAGGGUCAAUUUCUGCUUAUUCCUUUUGUGGGUAGAAUCUGCACGUGUUGCAGCAGCAUUGAUAACGGUCACGAGGACAUGGAGUUAUGAACAUGAUACCCCGUGUAUACACUGGACUGGUUGGGGUGGAUUGGGCAUGUGGCGUUUGUGUGGGUUGUCAG